AUGCAUGGAGCCCCAGACCGAGGCAACCCUCACAUGGUGCUGAACAUUGACCUGGCGCCCACCAUCCUGGACAUCGCUGGCAUGGAUGUCCCGCCGGACAUGGACGGCAAGUCCAUCCUCAAACUGCUGGACAUAGAGAGGCCAGUCAACAGGUUCCAGGUGAAUAAGAAGGGGAAGGUGUGGAGAGACUCGUUCCUGGUGGAAAGAGGGAAGUUGCUCCACAUGCGUGAUGCGUCUUCAGGGAAGGACGUGGCCCAGGAGGAGAACUUCCUGCCUAAGUACCAGCGGGUCAAGGACCUGUGUCAGAGAACAGAGUACCAGACACCCUGCCAACAGCUGGGACAGAAGUGGCAGUGUGUUGAGGAUGCUACAGGGAAACUGAGGCUGUAUAAGUGUAAGGGCAUGGCCAGCAUGUCUGCAGAACGGAAAGAGGGCCCUGCCAACAUCAGGUCCCAAUUUUACCCCCAGCGCAAAGCAGAGCACAACGCAGAGCCAGAAGGCUGCAAUUGUGACCAGUUCCCUAGCUUCAGACUCAGUGCCUUCAAGAAGAAAAGGUUCCUUUCCAAGAAGAAGAUGAAGGCCGUCAAGAGCUAUGCCCGUAACCGUUCUGCCCGCUCCGUGGAGAUGGAGAUAGGAGGGGACCUGUAUGCUGUAGACUUGGGGGAUGGCUACCAGCCUGUACUGUCCCCCAGGAACCUCAGUGAGGCUGGGGCCCCGGGGCCACGCGACGACACUGAGGACGACUUCAGUGGCAUGGGGUUCACCAUCAGUCCCAGGACUAGCAGCAACAGUCUGGCUAUAGUACCUUCUGACAUCAAAGUCACACACAGGUCAGGGACUGUGUUGAGGUUCUAUGUGGAUGGGUGCUCCAUCCUGGCCGAUGACACAGUGAAGUGUGACACAGGGAUCUAUAAGUCUGUGCAGACCUGGAAGGACCACAAACUCCACAUCGACCAUGAGAUUGAGACCCUGCAGACAAAGAUCAAGAACCUGAGAGAAGUCAGGGGUCACCUGAAGAAGGCCCGCCCAGAGGAGUGUGACUGUCUCCGCUACAUCUACCAGUCUAAGUACAAGAGUAAGCUUAGGCACAAAGGAAGCAGCAUUCACCCAUUCAGGAAGGAUCAGGAUAAGGAUAACAAGGCGUGGCUGCUGAAGGACCAGAAGAGGAGGAAGAAGAUGAGGAAGCUGCUGAAACGUCUGAGGAACAACGACACCUGUAGCAUGCCUGGUCUCACCUGCUUCACCCACGACAACCAGCACUGGCAGACCGCCCCCUUCUGGACAAUGGGUCCAUUCUGUGCCUGCACCAGUGCCAACAACAACACCUACUGGUGCGUGAGGACCAUCAACGAAACUCACAACUUCCUGUUCUGUGAGUUUGCGACUGGCUUCCUGGAGUACUUUGACCUCAACACAGAUCCCUACCAGCUGAUGAAUGCUGUGAACACGCUGGACCGAACCGUCCUAAACCAGCUCCACGUUCAACUCAUGGAGCUCCGCAGCUGCAAGGGCCACAAGCAGUGUAACCCCCGUACACGCAACCUGGAGCUGGGAGGUAAAGAGCGAAGCAGCUUUGAUGAAUACAGAGGGCGCCAUCCACCCCCACCGCCCAGCGCAUCUGCCUUAGUCAUCUAAUCAUCUGUACCUGUAGAGGCCGCCAUCCACCCCCACCGCCCAGCGCAUCUGCCUUAGUCA